AUGGCUUGUGCCACAAAUGCGAUUCACAUGGUCGACUCUGGGCACAACCAGAGACACCGCCGCUCAACCCUUAAGUGUUCUUUUUCAGCUCAAGCAGCCAUCCUAUCUCCCAACGCUCCGUUAGCAUCAGGCCCAGACCCGGGUGGGACAUCUUGUACUGGCGGUGAGCCGCCCAAUCUACUCCGGGAACAAAUUAAUACUGCUGGUAAGGGUGGAAAAGAAAAUAUGGGGUUUUAG